CAUACUCAGCGCUCUCCUCGUGCUUUCAAAGUGAUCAGAUCAUAAAUACCAGCCAUUUGCAAAAGACGGUUGUUUCGAUCUGUUACCGCACCAAAACCUGUGCGUCCAACUGGCGCAUGACUUCCAGCUGUCAGUGUUGAGUCCACCAACUGAAGUUUGAAGAUGCCGUUUUUUUGAGGCGGCUGGAUGGCUGGCCGUGACAGGGGUAGGCGGCUAACACUAAGCGCGCCGAUUGUUUGUACUCGCAACACCAAGACACCUACGUACUCUCCUCUGCGUACUUUCCUUGGCGCGAUUCUUGCUAGUUCUGCUUCAUCAUGGCGUCGUCUGCCAUACCCCUGACGAACUUUGGCGGGCAUGCCUUCAAUCAUAGGACUAGCACAGAUAUAGAAGCUGAAUAUGACCGGCUCCGUGACCUGGCACGGAGUGAAGGUGACAAGAAGAAAUCGUGCUUCGAGCGGGCACAUGAGGCCUAUGAGCGCGGCGAUGGCGCUAGGGCCAAAGAACUUUCUGAGGAAGGCAAGCACCAUCAGAGGCAACAAGCAGAAUACAACAAGCGGGCCGCCGAGUUCAUCUUCCGCGAGAACAACGCGCCCGGCCGCGUCGCAGGGGACACGAUAGACCUCCACGGUCUGUACGUCGCGGAGGCCGAGGACAUCCUCGAGGAACGCAUCCGCUAUGCCCGCUCGAACGGCCAGGGCCAUCUCCAUGUGAUCGUCGGCAAGGGAAACCACUCGACGGGCCGCGUGCAGAAGCUGAAGCCGCGGGUUGAGAAACUGUGCGGCGAGCUGGGCCUCAACUAUGCCACCGAGGAGAACGAGGGUCGCAUCUAUGUUGACUUGAGAGGCGGCCAGGUGGAUGCCCCGCCAGCACUCCCUCCCCAGCCCGAGGGCUACCAGGAAGGGUACGGAGCGGGCCGGCCUCACGCUGAUGGAGGCGGCUACCAUCAGCGUCCUCCACAGCAUCACCAACGGCCACAGCAGCAGCAGGAGGAGGAGCAGGACCAGGACAUUCUGACGAGUUGUCUCAAAAGCUGCUGUUUGGUCAUGUAGCAGGGUUCUGCUCGAUUGGUCCUAUGUGCUUUGGAUGGGUGUGCACUGUUGGGAGGUAUUGGAUGAGGAAGUAACGGUUGUCGUUGUGGAAUGCUGGUCGGCUGGCUAGGUAUUGGGUUUCUGGCAGAAAAGACAACCUAAGAGCGCUGCAGGUCUGCGACGGCAGCAGCAUCUUCCGGUCUGGUCUGAUGUCGCAUCAUAAUGCCCUGCAUGAACUCAUGAGUUUAUCAUGGGAGUUGUUAAUGAAGUGGCGGCUACUACUAGUAGUACUUAACCUCGCCUCGUGCCUUCCCCAGGGACCUCCGGCACUUCCAUUGCAAUUGCCCUGUACCUAAGGCAAACCG